AUGGAUAUUACCGACAUACCUGGAGUUACAGAUACAAACGCCAACGCUUCAAGAACAUCGGGCAAACCGGACACGUUAAAUUCGGAGUUCUUGUAUUACUCGUCGGUAUUAAAAAUUUUGGCAGCGACUCUCACCAAUGAAUUGGACAAACAGAAGAUUGUGCCGUGGGCAAAGAAGCUCUUCAGGCCGGAGUAUCACAGCUCUCAGUUCCGCGAGAAGAGAAACAAGUAUCUUCUACAUUUGACGUUAACGAUCCUGAACGAUGAAGCUUACGGCAUCUUCACGCAAAUACCUCCCGCCGGCGCUCUACUAGACCUGGAGAGCAUUGAAAAAGAACAAUUUCCAGCAGCUGAAUGGGAACUGGAUACGACUUGGCAAGACACCAAGCGCAAUUUAUCGGAGGAGUUUGAGCCCCUCCAGUGUUCGGUACAUUCGACCCUGGAUGAAUGCAACAGCGAUCAUCUCUUAGAUAAAAUCCUGGAUCAGGAAUUUCAGUUCCUACUGUAUUUAGUUAAACCGUACGCGGCGCUUCUACCCAACAGUUACGAUAGGACUCGGGUAGCCACUUGGAUGCAAACACUUUGCUCGAUUGCGGAUGAAUCGUGUUCGAGUAUGCGGGGAAUCAGGAACGAUUACAUAAUGGCUCUGUUAGGGUACGUGCACAAUCUGAGACUUGUUGGACCGUUCUCGCAGUAUCCGCCGAUUCGAGCUUUACCUCCGUUAGCCGAGGCCGCGAAAAUGGCAGCAGAGACGAAGCCUAUAACAGAUCCCAACGGACCCGAUGCGGCCGAGUUCUUAGCUUCGCAACCUGUACCCGAUGAUGGAGCUUUCUGCUACAUAGCUCUAACGGGAGAUCUGAUAACGAGUAAUCUGCCACCACCCAGUGGUCCUGCCGGACCUCCAGAUGACUAUUGA